UUUGACGCUGCAUUCUUGUGACCAGCUGUUUUGGAAUGAUAGUUGAUGAGAGCCGGCAAGUUUUAGCCGAAUGAUAAAAUGGUUUAUCCGAAGAGUCAUUCUGACGGUAAUAGUUCAGGUGAAAUAGACGAUGAUGUACCCUACCCCAAUGCAGAGCCAAGAAUCGAUCUCGACUCCGUCGGCGAUGUGUGGUGGAUUUUAUUCAAAGUUCACUGGAUAACGUUUUCAGUAUGUUUUAGUCUUUUAGCAUUGUAUAAUGGCUAUCAGUUGUACAAGACAUUCCGCCUGAAGAGCACGACGAGGAAGAACUACAUCAGUAUUGUACAAGUUCUUGUCAUAUUACUCGGAUUGACCAGAACGCUGUCUUUAAGUAUUUCGCCUUACGAUAUCAUGAGCAACACACCAAAACGCGUUCCGUACAUUGUGCCUCGCUUGCUGUUUGCCCUUGGCUAUCCUUGUCUUUUUUCUGGGUUCACAUUUAUGUACAAGAUUUUUAUGUUACUCAGCAAAGUUCAGGUUAUGAAGAAAAAUCCAAUUGGAAGUAGAGUGGUCACUAUAAUUCUUGUUCUGCAUUUUCUUGCGGUAAUUACCGUCGAAUUUCUCACAAGAUAUGUCAAAGGCGUGGAAGUUUUGUUGGUUUUUUGUGCCCUUUAUUACUUUGUUGGAUGUUUAGCCACCGCUCUUUGCUUACUCAUCAGUGGAAGGCGUGUGGUAAAAAAAGAGAGAACAAUUCAGAAAUCGCUUCAUCAAUUUGACGACUCCAAAGCUCACCAGCGCGUAACACCAAAUAAUCUAACGGCAAGGAACAAAAUCUUAAGGAUUACCCUCUUGACUGCCGUAUUUGGUGUGCUCUCUGCUCUGUUCUACAUUUACACAAUAGUUCUAAUGAUUAGAUCUGUCAGUGGCGAAGCAUUUUUUCCAGAUCCCUGGACAUGGCUCUUCGUAAACAUAUUUUUGAGAAUUUUUGAGUUCUGCUUAGCUGCAACAAUGAGUUACGCCGUUGCAUCGAGUUAUCGACACAAUGCCCGUUCGGCAAGAACUUUUUAUAACACAAAAGGUAGUUACGCUACCACAAUCAGUGUUGCUUAACAUAUUUGAAUCUUUUCUGUUACUCAAUGACAAAUAACAUAUUUCACUUCAGCACCAUAUUGGGGAAGCCUUUAUAAAAGUAUAUAUGUGUAAAUAUAUCUCUAAUCUAUAUCUCUGUUCUAAUACAUAUUUCAAAUCUAAUGUA